AUGUCUACUCCAGUACCAGAUGUCAUCAUCCACCAUACUGAAGGGGCCUUCUGUAACUCCAGGAGUACAUGCAGUGCCCAAGCCAGGAACAUACAGAACUAUCACAUGAAUACCCGGAAAUGGUGUGACAUUGGAUACAACUUCCUCAUUGGCGAGGAUGGAGUUGUAUAUGAAGGUCGCGGUUGGACAACUAUUGGUGCUCAUGCUACACCUGUUAACCCCAUCUCCAUUGGUAUCAGCUUCUUUGGAUCCUUCACUAGUCGCACUCCCAACAAUGCAGCUCUGGAUGCAGCCAAAAAACUCAUUGCUUGUGGGGUGGCCAAAAACUUCAUCAAAAGCAAUUAUAUCUUGAAGGGACACCGAAACGUGAUGAGUACAAGCUGUCCUGGAAAUAGCCUCUACCUCCUCAUCACAGGAUGGCCUCACUUUAAAGCUUGA